AUAUUGACAGUGAAAAUAGUUUUGUGGGUGGAACUGGAGAGGGGAAAGAGGAUGGUUGUGCCCCAGCCAUUUCUGUCACCAGUUUGCAAGGUCGGUCCUUACCCACUCGAUAUCAUCGCCACCGCCGCGUCUCUCCACUUCACCCACCGUGUCUCCCACCGUCUCCGGCUUGGUUUUCUACUUCGCUCCUGUUUCAAGAAACUUGCUCCUGUGUUUACAUCGAAGGAUAGAUGGUGUCAAAGUGAUGGUUCAACUAGUUUAUCUUUCUUUAAUGUGGGAAGAGUUGAAGCCCUAUUUGGAAAUGGCGACUUGAAGGUCUCCGGAAAAAAUCCAUUUAGUGGAAGGAAGUGGACAAAUAUUCUCCUUGCUGCCAAUGUUUUAUUUUAUGUUGCACAACUUGCAACCGAAGGCAAGCUUAUGUUUUGGGGUGCUAAGAUAAACAGUCUCAUUGACAAAGGACAACUUUGGAGACUUGUUACUUCUUCCUUUCUGCAUGCAAACAUUGGACACCUUAUGAUAAAUUGUUAUUCCUUAAAUUCAAUCGGUCCCACUGUGGAGAGCUUCAGUGGUCCUCAAAGAUAUCUUGCAGUUUACUUUGUCUCUGCAGUUGCAAGUGCAGCUAUGAGUUAUUGGUUCAGCAAAAUGCCUGCAGUAGGUGCAUCAGGAGCAAUUUUUGGACUGGUUGGAUCGGUUGCAGUGUUUGUUUUAAGGCACAAAGACCUUGUAGGGGGUGGUAAAAAAGAUCUGCAGCACAUUGCACAAGUAAUUGCCAUCAAUAUGGUUAUUGGUUUAUCAUCAAAUGGCAUUGACAACUGGGGACACUUAGGAGGUUUGAUUGGUGGAAUUGCUGCGUCAUGGCUUAUUGGACCUGCAUGGAAACAUGAAUCCACCUCUAUAGAUGGAAGAAGACUUUUCAUUGACAGUGCACCAAUGUAUAAUCUCUUCAAGAUUACAAGAGUACCUAAGCAAUGGAAAUAGAAACAUUUCAUUGUUGUAUUGCGCAUUACAAAUAGUUGCUCAUUGUGUUUAUUUGUAUAAUGAUACAGUGUUGUAAGUUUCCCUUAAUAAAACACUUAGAUGGUGGUUUCUAGUUCUACUACCUGAACCCUUCAAAUUUUCUGCAUACUUUGUAUUAUAUAAGAGAUAAUUCAAGUGAAUAAAAAAAAGAAGAGAUAAUUUAAUUACCUUCCA